AUGAAAGGCUCGGAAUAUCAUGUGCCUGUUGCUCAGGAGGAAAUUGAAGAGCAUGCUACCAUCGAGCAUUUCGAUAUUGUAUGGCUCAAUGAGAGGCCACAUUUAACUUUACUCCAAGAUCCACAGUAUUCCGAACAAAUUCUGAAUUUAGACGGAUACAAUAUGCAUUUUUUCGAAGAUUUCUUGGAGUGUGGUGAUUAUCUUUACAAAUUGCCCACGAGUGCUGAAGUGAUACUUAUUGCUGAAGGGCAAGAUACAGAAGAGAUCAUUAAUGUUACACAUUGCCUCUGUCCCAUCAAAGUAAUCUUCGUUGUCCACCUCGUAGCAAUGAGUACCGAUGAUGAAAAUCACAUAUCUCCUGCAUAUGUGAAAGUUAAACAUACCAAUCUAGACCAAGUAGCCAAUCGCAUUCGUUUAUUUGAAGCUCGUUUCCUACGCAACACUAAAGAAUUCUUUUCUAUCAAUAUUUUCGAAGGAAAUAAGACAUCAGAACUUUCUUCAAACGAAAUCAACGGACGAUUCCUUUUCACUCAAUUACUUCUCGAUAUUCUCCUUCGAAUGGACCAAAAGCUCAAUGAUAAGGAUGAAUUGAUUGCUCGAUGUACCGAACUUUUUGCCACUAAUGCAAAAGAAUUAGAAAAAGUGACGAAGUUUCAUCUAGAAUACAAUGCAGAAAAAGUCUUUGAGUGGUAUACCAAAGAUGCAUUUGUCUAUCGUCAACUUAAUAAAGCUCUCCGCACUCAAAAUAUAGAUCUGCUAUUUCUCUAUCGGUUUAUUUUACAAGAUAUGAAAAACCAGCUCAUGCUUCAUCAAGAACAAUUGCCAGUGCAUGUUUAUCGCGGACAACGUCUUUCAAGAGACGAAUGGAAGCAGUUGUCCAAAGCAAAAGAUCAGUAUAUCUCAAUGAAUUCUUUUCUAUCAACUAGUCUUCAACUAAGCGUUGCCGAGAUUCUCAUAAACAACAAUAAGAAUGAUGACGAAGUGAGCGUUUUAUUUGAAAUAAACGCUGAUUCAAAGGUUCUUGGCGGUGUACAACCCUUUGCUAAUAUAUCAAGAUUCAGUCAAUUUCCACAAGAAGAAGAAGUGCUCUUUAUGGCUGGAAGUAUUUUUCAUAUUACAGAUGUAAUUAAUAGAGAUUCUUUCUCAACAGUAAAAAUGGAGCUUUGCAGCAAUGAAGAGAAUAAAUUGAAACCGCUUUUUGAGACACUACGCAAUGAAUACGGCGGUGAACUAACGGGAAAAGAUAAAGAAGCAAGUUUGAACUCAUUUGGCGUCGUACUGUUCAACAUGAAAAAAUUCCACACUGCAGAUCGAUUUUUUCGCCGAAUCUAUUAUGAAACUUCUACAGAUGAUCCAAAUCGCGCACGAUACUGUCAGAAUAUUGGCAAUGCAGCAUUACAUACAGGUCGAUAUGAAGAAAGCGCUGUAUGGUAUGAUCGAGCACUGGAACAGUGCGAAAGUCACGGAUAUAUGGAUCAUCCCCUUCAGGCUAAUAUUCAUCUGGUUCGAGGAAAUCUAUAUAGCAUGCAAAAUAAGCGAAGACAAGCUCUUGACUCAUACAAUACGGCUUUGACAAUCUAUAGGAAAAAUUUCGGUGAAAAUCAUCCGAGAAUUGCAACGUGCUAUGGAAAUAUGGCUGCUUUUUUUCGGCGUAGAAAGUACUAUAGAACAUCGCUCGAGUAUUGUGAGAGAGCUUUAAAUGUGGCCAAUCAUUCAUUACCAGAAAUACAUCCGGAUCUGAUAUUUUAUAAUCUAAGUUUAGCAAAGCUGUUGCUUGAACUUCGACAUCGAGAGUUGCAAAGGGCACUAGGUCAUACAGAGAAAGCAUUGGAAAUUGCACAGAAGGCUAUUUCAACCGAACAAAUGGAAUUCAUUGACAUUUAUUCGACGAUGGGACAAAUCUACGAAUGCAUGCACGACUUCGAAAAUUCGACAUUGUGGUAUAAUAAAGUUGAUGCACUUGGAGGCUUGCAGACAGCCGAUGUUCGGAUUCAGCAAAAAUGGAAUAAAAGGAAAGAUUUUACCUGUAGUCGAUGUCACCGACGUACUUGGAUAUAUCGCUCGUUCGAAUGGAUGAAAGAUACGAGAAUCAACUGUCUUGUAUUUCAUGAUUUUGGGUUUUUUCUUCUUAACAGUGUACGAUAUUGUUGUCACUAG